UGUCUCCCGUUAAUUUCAGUGUUUGCUUCAGUUCCUGUUACUUGGUGGCUAAAACACAGGGUCAGUGGGAAAUCCUGCGAUACUGCAGAUAAUCUUAGAGUCUGCCAUCACAGAUACAAUCGAAGGGAAUUUAGUCCUUCAGCACAUUUGCACAACUGGAUUGGCCUGUUUAAUGCACAAAAAUAUGUGUUCCUUUCUGGGCCUGUUUAUUCUAAUUGGGAUUCUUUCUGUUUGUGAAGGACCAGAGGAGAUGUGCAGAGUUUUGGCCAAACAUCAGUAUGUUGAAGUGGGAUCAGAUGUUGAGGUGGCUUGCUAUAGUUCCUGUGUCUCUGACAGUGUCUUCUGGACGCUGAACAAGGAGCGUGUUAGCAACAGGCUGUCUCACACAAUUAACUCUUCAUAUACAGUCUUGUUAUUGAAGAACAUGACUCUCAGCAGUGCCAUGUUACAAUGUCACGGUGCCCACACCGAGUAUGUCCUUGGAGGGGCUGUUAUCAGGACAUACACAAAACCAGCCAAAAUAAUGUGCACCUUGCAUUUUCAAAACCUGACAGCAAUCAGUAAUCCAGACGUGUUGAACUGCAGCUGGGAGCACAAGAUGAAUUCUCCACCAGAAAUAAAAUACACUCUAUACAUGAAAUGUGCCACGUGCUUAUCUACCAGCUUUCAGAGUGGAAGCUGCAGUUCCAGUGACACGUGGUGUACAGUAGUUGGCAGAUUCUCUCUUUCCAACAACAUUACUGUAACCGUGAGAGCCAAAAGUGCUGUUUGGGAAGUUUACUCAGACAUAUAUGAAUUUCACCCAUAUUAUAUAUUCAAAAUCAACCCACCACAGAUAGAGGUAACUGCUACCUCUAGUCAUCUACGGGUUGAGUGGAAGCGACUGCUUCAUGCUGCAAUGAUUCAUUGCCAAGUGAAAUACUCAAAGGUUACCAGCCAAGGAGCAGAAGUGCGGGUGUUCAACAAGACCUUGAAACCUAGGGAGGACGGGAAUGUAACCAUUGAAAAAGUGGAGUCCUGCAAAAGCUACAAAGUUUCAGUCCAGUGUGGUUUAGAUAAGGCCCCCCAAAGUGACUGGAGUCACGAGAAGGCUGUUCUCUCUGAACUAAAUGAGAAUGAGGUGAAUUUGCACCUGUGGAGAAAAGUCACCAAACCAUCGGAAAAAGGAAUUCGAACUGUUCAUGUUAUGUGGACGGAGAUCCCACCAACAUGCCAAGGCAAUUUCAAGUACACCAUCAAACAAAGUCCAUACAAGGAAGGCAAGAAUGUGAUGAAAUACUCACAAACUUUAUGUGGAACGUCUUCUUGUGAUGUGACCAGAGAUGCACACAGAAUAACUCUCACAGCCCUACGUAAUGGAGUUCCUCUUGCAGAGGAUUCUGUAUAUGUUCCAGCCAUUGGCAGACUAAAACUUCCACAAGUUAGCGACAUCCAGACGUGGAGCCAUGAAGGCGUUAUUGUGAUCAACUGGAAGGCUCCUGAUCAACGCGUCAGUGGUUACAUGAUUGACUGGACCCACAAUGGAAAACAAUACUAUUGGAAAGAAACCGAGCACACAAACACAACACUAUUUGCUCUCUUGAAUCAGACGCCAUACAAUAUUACAGUCACUCCACUCUUUGAAGACAAAACAGGCCACGGCAUGGAAGCCCUUCAGAUCUGCUCAGGACUAGGAGGUCCAGGAAACAUCUCCUACAUCAGUGUUGAGGCUACAGACAGAAGUGCUCGCCUGAGCUGGAAAAUGGAAUCUCACGCUUGCAAUGGCGUCAUCCACUACAUCGUGUUUUAUGGGACAUACAAUGGCCCAAUGUUCAGUGUCAUUGUAAACACCACAGAGUGGGACGUCUUAUUGGACGAUUUGACUCCAAACACCCAAUAUGUUGUCUACGUGAAGAUCAUAGGACUUACUGCAACGACCACGAGCAAAGAAAGAUUUUUUAAUACCAGCAGGUUUGGUCUGACUCUGCUCAAAGACAUCACUAUCCAUGGAGGUUGUCCUAGUUUUGUGCUUCUGCUUGGAUUAUGUGGUGCUUAUCAGUGGAAAAAAUUCCUGGAGAAAGCUGUGCCUGACCCCGCCCUCAGUUCUGUGGCAUCGUGGCCUUUUCCAAAUCACAGAGAGAUGUUGCAGUCGUUCAGUGGUUCAGCUGAAAGCCUCGACGUCUAUGAAAGGUUCACACCAACAUGGACAACACUUCAGCAGCGUCCUCUCCUCUGCCAUCUCCAGGCUCUGAUGGUCAUCCAUAUCUGGGCCUAGACGGUGGCCAGAUGGGGGAAGACUGACAAAUUCUACGCUGAGGUUUCUGCUGCAGACUUGCAGUGUGAAGAGCUGAGUGAAGCUACAGAAACACCACAGCGUCUUCUGGACAAUCCACAGCACUGCUGUGUGCAGAGAUCAGCCCAGCCACCCUGUAUUUAAGCCAAAGUUCAGUGGAACUGCUCUCCCCUGACCACAAAACACCGCAACACUCAGUUACCAGACAAUACCAGCACCGCUCACUGUUUAUGUCACUUUGGACAUGUUUGAACAAGACCAGAGCAGGUGAAGUAAAUUCAAGAGUCAUCAUAGGUCAGUCAACAAGAAUACGGCCCAAAAUUACCUGUAAUCUGUUUAACUCAAAAGUUUUAAGUAGUAGUUUCUAAAACAAAACAACCACUGUAAUUUACUUUUAAGUCAAUUUGUUAUAUUUUGUAAAUAAAAAGCUGCGAUAAUGAUUUUUUAUAGCAAUAACAUUUGCCUUCAUUUAAAGCAACAGUGUGUGGGAUUUAGUGCCCUCUAGUGGUGAGAUUGCAGAUUGCACUAAGCUGUCAUGAUUUAUUUCCCAUUCAUGCUUUCUCUUCUUUGCAGACAGGGAUUCAUACUCCAAACUGCAAAAUGCCACUAGGGGGCCCAUGCCCAUGUAGAUAAUAAAGCCUCAUUCUAAACUCAUGAAAACACAUCGAUUCACUGUUAUAUGUAAUUAUACACCAGUAAACAGAUUUUUAAGAAUGCUAUAUUCAAUUUCUCCUCAUAAACACUCCUACAUCCUACACACUGCAGCUUUAAAUAAAAGUCAGCGAACAAUAAUAUUGAGUGAUGUAUAAAGUGAAAAUUAUGAAGACUGUGUUGUGUUUAUAUU